GAACACUUUACGCAUCAUGUCAGAUAUCAGGCCAUACAACGUUUCGGUCCCACAGGCGAAAAUUGACCGCUUGCAGCAAAAACUCGCGGUUGUGGAUUUACCCGAUGAGCUUGACGAUGCAGGCUGGGAUUGCGGCGCACCGCUUGGCGAUAUCAAGGAACUCAUCACUUACUGGCAGAACGACUACGACUGGCGCAAACAAGAGGCGAAGCUGAAUGAGCUGCCUAACUGCAGUACCGGCAUCGAGGUUGAAGGCUUCGGUGAAUUGCAGAUCCAUUUUAUCCAUCAACAGAGUCCUGUCAAGAAUGCUGUGCCCCUGUUAUUCUGUCAUGGAUGGCCCGGAAACUUCACUGAGGUCUCAAAAGUCUUGCCGUUGCUUGCAGAUACCAAAGAUGGCGCACCGGCCUUCCAUGUCGUUGCGCCUUCCUUACCAAACUUUGGGUUCUCCGAGGGCGUCAAGAAGCGAGGUUUUGGUCUGCCGCAAUACGCUGAAGUCUGCCACAAACUCAUGUUGAAGCUGGGUUACAAGCAAUAUGCAACUCAGGGCGGAGAUUGGGGCUUCUGGAUCACAAGAACCAUGGGCAACCUCUACCCAGAAGCAUGCAAAGCCUCACACAUCAACAUGAUACCUCCUGCCAUCGAUGCCGACCUCAGCGCUGUACUGAAGGAUUUAUCUUCUUUCAGCCCACAAGAACAACAAGCUCUCCAGCGCCUAGCCAAGUUCCGCGACGACGGGGCAGGCUAUAGCCACGAGCAAUGUACGCGUCCGCAGACUUUGGGAUAUGGCCUAGUCGACAGCCCUACUCUUCUCCUCUCCUGGAUAUACGAGAAACUCCACGAUUGGAGCGACGAGUAUGCCUGGACCGCCGACGAAAUCCUGACGUGGGUAUGUAUGUAUUGGUUCUCGACCGCAGGCCCUGCAGCCAAUGUACGCAUCUAUUACGAAGCCAAGCAUGAAAAGGACAUCAAGUCCAUGACUGCAGCGACUGGAUAUAUUCCCAAUGUCAAGAUGGGCGUGAUGUAUAACUGGCGGGACAUGGAGACGAGUCCGAAGGCGUGGGCGAGGAAGCUGGGGGAUGUGGUGUUUGAGAGCGAUAAUGACAGGGGUGGUCACUUUGCCGCUUGGGAGAAGCCUGAGCACAUGGCGAGAGAUUUGAAGGAUAUAUUCCGCAAAGGAGCUGAAGCUGCCGGUGGCUUGGGCGACGCGAACGGCUACGACGAUUGAAGGUGUCGUCGGACGUGGGGUACGGAGGGAAAAAGUCGUGGGCGAUAUGAGGUAUCAUCUUUGUUGUUGCAACUCUCGC